AUGUCCGCACCUGUUGAAAUUGAACCAAGUGUUUUGGAAUACAAACGAAAAAAACGUAUUUUAUUGUCAUUAUUAACAGCACCAUUUACCCAACAAUCAAUCGAAUAUAUUACCAUUACCAACAAAUCUGAAGAAAGAAUUGCAUUUAAAGUGAAAACCACUGCUCCUAAAUUUUAUUGUGUAAGACCAAAUGCAGCAACUGUCGCCCCUGGUGAACAAAUCCAAGUCCAGGUCAUACUUUUAGGCUUAACUGAAGAACCAGAAUCUGAUUACAAAUGUCGUGAUAAAUUCUUAGUUAUAACGUUGCCCUGCCCAUACGACUUGGGUGAAAGCAGCGUUGCUGACACAUGGUCUCAAUUAGAAGCUGAAUUUAAAUCACACAGCUAUUCAAAGAAGAUCAAAGUCAAGUAUUUAACUGAGACCACUGCUGCCCCUGUUACCGAAGCUAAACCAGAAACUAUUGAAGCUGUUCCAUCUCAGACUAAUAAUGAGCCUGUCACUAUUGAUGCGGUUAAGGAUGCUGAAGUUGAACACGAAAAACAAGCUUUAAAUGAUAAUGAAAUUUCACCUAUUACUUCUACUAACCCAACUAAUAACACCACCAGUGUUACUCCCACUGCCCCUGCUACUGAAGCCACCUCUGUCACUACUGAUGACGAUACAUCUAAUGUUGCUAACACAAAUAGUAAUGAUGGUUAUCCUAAAGAAAAUAAUAAUUCUGAGGAUACUACCAAUAAGAUGGCGGAAAAAGUUAAUACUACUACAACCAACUCAUCCAAAACUGAUAACGAACUCUUAUUUAGUGUGGCUUUCUUUUUAUUGUUAGUUGUUAUUCUUAUUGCCUGGGUUUUCCGUUAG